CCCGCCUGGCGCAUGCGCGCUGCAUUGUUUUGACUGAAAAUGCCGUCGGUUUCGAAAGCGGCGGCGGCGGCGCUGAGCGGGUCCCCCCCGCAGACGGAGAAGCCGACCCACUACAGGUAUCUAAAGGAGUUUAGGACAGAGCAGUGCGCCCUGUUUGUGCAGCACAAGUGCGCCCAGCACAGGCCAUUUACCUGUUUCCAUUGGCAUUUCCUAAAUCAGCGCCGGCGCAGACCGCUUCGCAGGCGGGACGGCACGUUCAACUACAGCCCGGACGUGUACUGCUCCAAGUACGACGAGGCCAGCGGCGUGUGCCCCGACGGCGACGAGUGUCCGUACCUGCAUCGGACGACGGGGGACACCGAGCGCAAGUAUCACCUGCGCUACUACAAGACGGGCACGUGCAUCCAUGAGACGGACGCCCGGGGCCACUGCGUGAAGAAUGGGCUGCACUGCGCCUUUGCCCACGGCCCGCUGGACUUGCGGCCACCCGUGUGCGACAUCAGAGAGCUGCGGGCCCACGAAGCCCUGCAUAACGGCCAGCUGUGCGGCGGGGAUGGUGUCCCGGAUAUGCAGCCUGGGGUCCUGGCCAGCCAGGCCAUGAUCGAGAAGAUCCUGGGCGAGGACCCCCGGUGGCAAGACGCCAACUUCGUGCUGGGCAGCUACAAGACGGAGCAGUGCCCGAAGCCCCCGCGCCUGUGUCGCCAGGGCUACGCGUGCCCGCACUACCACAAUAGCCGGGACAGGCGGCGCAACCCCAGGAGGUUCCAGUACAGGUCCACCCCGUGUCCCAGCGUGAAGCACGGCGACGAGUGGGGCGAGCCCGCGAGGUGUGACAGCGGGGAUAGCUGCCAGUACUGCCACUCGCGCGCGGAGCAGCAGUUCCACCCCGAGAUCUACAAGUCUACAAAGUGCAAUGACAUGCGCCAAACCGGUUACUGCCCACGCGGUCCGUUCUGCGCCUUCGCGCACGUGGAGAAGAGCCUCGGAAUGGCCAACGGCUGGGCCUGCCGAGACCUGGCCCCCGCCGCUGCCAGCAGCUCCAUGGCCAGCAGCAGCCAGCCCGCACACGCGAAGAGGAGAGAGUCCCCUGCCGAGGGCAGCCACAGGGCCGGGGAGCAGGACAGCAAGCAGAACCACCUCACCGUGUCAGCAGCGGCUCACCCGCUCGCCCCCAGUGUGGGGUCCAGUGUGGCGUCCAGCCUGGCGUCCAGUGCCGGCUCCAGCAGCUCCUCCCCGACCGCCCUGCCCACCCUCCCAGUCCGGGCGCACCCGCUCGAGCCCCCAGGUGGUGCUGCCGAGCCCGCCCCAGGUUUUGCACUAGAGCUUCAUCUCCGGGACGGCAGCCUCACAGCCCUAGACAAAGAGCUGGAUGAGCAUGACAGCGGCGACCCGGGCCCGACAGGUCCGAGGUCGCUGGGGGGCUCGGAGCCCGUCACCAUCCCGGGCGGCCUGCCCCGCUCCCCGUCCUUGCACUCGUCCUCAUCACUGUCCACCUCCCCGCUCAGCUCGCUGUCGCAGUCCCUAUCGGGGCCGCUCGUGUCCUCCACCAUGACGCCCCCCCAGCAGCCGCCCACCCUCAAGUCCGAGCCCGGAGCGCUGGGCUCGUCGGCCGCGUCCUACUCCCUGGGGCUGAACGGCGUACCUGGGAGCAUCUGGGACUUUGUCUCCGGCAGCUUCUCUCCCAGCCCAUCCCCGAUCCUGAACCCCGGCCCUGCCCCUUCGUCAGGCGCGAGCCCCAGUGGUGCGGAGCUGGCCCGGGUCAGGCGGCAGCUGGACGAGGCCAAGAGGAAGAUCCGGCAGUGGGAGGAGUCCUGGCAGCAGGUGAAGCAGGCGUGUGACGCGUGGCAGCGGGAGGCCAAGGAGGCGAAGGAGCGGGCCCUGGCGGCGGACAGUGCGCGGCGGCUGGCGCUGCAGAAGAAGGAGGAGGUGGAGGCGCAGUUCCAGCGGCUGCAGGAGGAGCUGGAGGGCCGUGGGCUGUGCGCCACGCUGGCGGGGCUGCGGCGCUGUGCGGACCUGGGCGCCGUGCCCCUCCCGAAGCUGCACUCCCUGCAAAGUCAGCUGCGCCUGGAUCUGGAGGCUGUGGAUGGGGUGAUCUUCCAACUGCGCGCCAAGCACUGCGCCGUGUGCCGGGAGCGUGCCCACGGCGGCGUCCUGCAGCCCUGCCAGCACCGGGUGCUCUGUGAGACCUGCGGCGCGGGCGCGCCCCCCUGUGCCUACUGCAAGGGCCAGCCCCUCCCGUGGUGACCGCCGCCCGGCGCCCCUGCCCUACCCCGCGGGGCCCGCGGGCCUGACGGACUGUGACCCCACCAAGCACUUUGUACACAGGGGGACUGGGACUUUGUAAGUUGCUCUAAGCUGCUUUCUAGGUCCGUGGUUUUUAAUAUGCGACAUGAAGCUUUAUGUGUACUGUGAACCUCUGUUUUCUCUCCGCUUACUGUUCGUUCAUGGUAUGGUAAAGACUUAGAUUUUCUAUCCUGAAGUUAAUACUUACGAAAUGAGCAUUUAUCUAAGUAGUGAGAAAUGCCUAGGAUUUUUUUUACAGUUUUCAAAUUAAGUGCAAACAAAUAGUAUUUAUAGCAGUGAUACUGAAAGACACAUUUAGAGGUUUUUAAUUUUGUGAAGGGGACUCUCCCAAUUGCGUGCAUGUGCACAUCACUGGAGUUCUAGAUUCCAGGACCAGGAAAUGGCGUCAAGCCCCGUCACACUCCGUGACCUGUGGCCACUUUUCUAAGUGCCUGAGCCUCGCCGGGGGUGGGGGGGCCACCUUCAGCCUGGUUCGCUCCCCCAGUGGGAAGCGGGGCCCAGGGGCUCCAUGGCGCCAGUGAUCCUAUUAUUUCAGAGCCGUGCCUGAGUCUCUGCAGCGUUGGGAGCCCACCCGGAGGACCUGAGGCCAGAGACUCGCCCAUGGCCAGGCUCGCAGCCGGAUGCCAGCCUCCAAGGGAGAGGCUCCCAGGCUGCGCCCUAGGACCCCUCAGGCGACCCCCCCACCCCCCGCUGCCGACGGAGCCUGGCCACCCGGCGGUGGCACAGACGCUCCUGAGAACGGGUCUGGUUUUGGUGAUGACUUGAAUCCUCUCUGGUCCACACCGGGUGGUUUUUCCUAGAAAUCUGGGGGGAAGCGAAGGGUGUCUGUAGUUUAUGCAGACUUUGCUCUCCACAAGGCUCCCGCCAGUGGCUUCCAGGAGGGCGCCCCGAGUCCAUCGCAGGGGCGAAGACAGGUGUCCCUCUGGCCUGGACGCGAGCGCGGGCACAUUUCGGCCACCCGUGGCUUUGCCAAAGACUUUUAAUAGCAUUUUGUAAAGUGCAAAGGGGCUCGGUAAAAAUUUUUAUCAGUAACCAAAUACUAUAGUAAGAGGUUUAAAAACCUUUUUUAAUGUAAAACAAACUGAUAGCUCUGUCGUUUUAAAGGCGGACCCAUGACGUUCUGCAGCUAGUCCACGACUACGGGGGAUUAUUGACUUGUUUUUAGUGAAUCUACUUUGUUUUUAAUGAUAGUGAUGAUGAUUUAUUAGCACUUAGAAAUGACGUAUAUUUUGUGCUACUGUUAUCACCGUUUAAAAUUCUUUAUUUUUAUUAAUAUUUAUGCACUUGUUUCCCAUUUCAGGCCUUUGGUCUUUUUUGGGAAACAGGACAAUGUUUAUUAUCAGUACCUAGCCUAGAUAUUUUCAAAUUAUAAACUAAGGAUAAUUAAGCUUGAGGUCUAUGUAUAAGCUACUCUGGUCGGUUCUUGCCGUGCAGCAGGAGACUGGAACUGCGGCAUCUUGGGGGAUCCCCCUCCCCUGCGUGUGCCCUGAGGCUGGGUGUGCCACCAGGACCCCCGCCCCCAGAAUUGCCCAAGUGGAACUCCAGGGGUGCCCAGGGGGCUGCUCGUCUGGGUCCUUCCUGCCCCGUGUCUUGGGGGAGCCUUCCCCACCCUGCAGGCCUCGGGGUCCUGCGGGUGGGCGACAGCAGCGCCAGGCGCGGUGCUCCCUCUGGCUGCCAUCCCGCUGCCUCUCGGCUCUGGUGCCCUAGCCCCGCUGUUUUUGACUGGGGCCACAAAGGAGACCUCGGCUCACUGUGGACCCAUCACGUGGAUUAAUUUAUCUAUGUUUGUUCAGAGUGUUUAGAUGAGAAUGUUACUGGAAUGGAACUCUCUUAACUUGGAAGAUAGUUAUUUUUAACGCAUAAUCAUUUACUUGUAGUGAAUUGUUUCAAGUUAACAAUUUAAAUUUUUUUUACACUACAGCAUUUAUGCAAUGCUUUACAGAAUUCAUGGAAUUAUUUUUAUCAGUACAGGAAUUAAUUAAAAUUUUGAAUCUUUA